UCAAACUUUGAAAAGCUAGUGUUUUUUUAUGCUAUUUUACUCUUAUCAAAACAAAUUUAUUUCUGAAUAUAAUUGAUUAAUUAAACGGAGAUUUAUGAUGCCAAGUAUAGUAAGUAGUAGUGUCGACGUACCUCGCCCAUCGGACGGAAGCAAAAUGCAGCUGGAGUGCUUGGAAUUGGCUGGUUGUACCUUAGACCGGUACAUAAGCUCUGAUAAUUCGCGCCCUUCGUUUUUGGAGAUAACUGGAAUAGCAGCCCAAAGGAGUCCAACAUGCAGUGGAUUGAACGCUGGAGACUACAGAAACCUCGAAGUCCUGCUCAAUCAUCCAAAUUUAUCACAGUUGAAAAUACUAAAUAAGGUUCCACUGCCACCAGAAAUAAUGGAACAUUUUGCCCAUAUGCAAUGUCAUUGCCUGAUGGGGGUGUUUCCAGAAAUCAGUCGAGUUUGGCUUGCAAUAGAUAGCAAUAUUUAUGUGUGGGCUUUUGAACAUGGUUGUGAUGUAGCAUACUUUGAUGGCCUAGGAGAGACCAUCGUCAGCGUGGGGUUAGUCAAGCCUAAACCGGGGGUAUUCCAAAGUUUUGUAAAGUAUUUACUGGUUUUGACCACUACAGUUGAAAUUGUAGUAUUAGGUGUUACAUUUUCCUCAAGCAAAAAUGAUGGCUCAUCAGAAUUCCAAGAAAUACACUUAGUACCAGAACCAGUUUUUGUUUUGCCAACUGAUGGUGUAUCUAUGAUGUCAGUCAAGUCCACUGCAAAAGGUCGCAUAUUUAUGGGUGGAAAAGAUGGAUGUUUGUAUGAAAUCACAUACCAGGCUCAAUUGGGAUGGUUUGGCAAACACUGUAAAAAAGUAAAUCAUUCAACCAGUGCUUUAUCAUUCUUGGUGCCAUCAUUCCUCAAUGCAGCUUUAUACGAUGAAGAUCCUAUUGUCAAAAUUGAAGUGGAUAACUCUAGGAACAUUCUGUAUACAUUGAGUGAAAAAGGCUGCAUUGAAGUGUUCGAUUUGGGCGCUGAUGGUGAGGGAUUGAGUAGAGUUGUACGAUUUACACAAGGAAAGAUUCUUACUUCAGCUUUGGACAUUGUUAAAACACUUGAGCCUAUUAACUUCAAACCAGUUGUAGCAAUAUCAGCUGUGGAGGAGUCAGAGUCUGAACACUUAAAUCUCGUAGCUGUUACGCAAACUGGUGCUAGACUUUAUUUCAGUACAGGGAGUGGGGAUGCGAAUCAAGGUGGUUCUCAAAGGCCUCAGUACCUCACACUACUGCAUGUGAGACUUCCACCUGGAUUCACUCCCAAUGCCUCAGUACUCAGGCCUAAACAAGUCCACAGUGCUGUUCAUGAAAACGGUUGCCUAGUGAUGGUGUGUUCCACGGGCAACGGCGCCGAAGCGGAGACGCUGUGGUGCCUGUCGCGCGUGCUGCCCGGGCCCGGCUUCAGCGAGGCGCAUUCCUUACUCGCGCUGGACGGGCCGGCCUGGGCGCUCACAGCGCUGCCUGCGCCCCGCGCCGCUCACUUGUCACCCGCGAUGGUCGCCAGGAAAGCGGGAAAAAGACGAAAUUAUACCAACGUGGCGGUGCUGCCCGGGCCCGGCUUCAGCGAGGCGCAUUCCUUACUCGCGCUGGACGGGCCGGCCUGGGCGCUCACAGCGCUGCCUGCGCCCCGCGCCGCUCACUUGUCACCCGCGAUGGUCGCCAGGAAAGCGAGAAAAAGACGAAAUUAUACCAACCUGGCGGUGCUGCCCGGGCCCGGCUUCAGCGAGGCGCAUUCCCUGCUCGCGCUGGACGGGCCGGCCUGGGCGCUCACAGCGCUGCCUGCGCCCCGCGCCGCUCACUUAUCACCUGCGAUGGUCGCCAGGAAAGAGGUGUGGAGCGUGUCUCGCUGGGCGGUGGUGACCGGCGCGGGCGCAGCGGUUUUGGCGGCGGGCGCGGCGCCCGACCUGCUGCGCUCGCUGCUGCGCGACUGCCGCGGGCCCGAGGCGCAUGCUGUUAAGGACUUCUUCCAGCUCCACAGCGUAGAGCAGGCGUGCGCGUGCGCAGUGUACCUGGCGUGCGAGGACGCGACCUCCAACGACCUGUCCGUCAGCGAGUGGGCGGCGCGCGCCUUCUUCCUGUACGGCGCGCAGCUCGCGCCGGCUCCGCUGCUGCCGCACCAGACCUCGCAGCUGCCCUCCAGUAUAGGUUCACCCAAGUUUUCGCCGCGGCAAAUGUCUACGCCCAUGUCUAUGCGAGGUCCUCAAGGGCAAAUGCAGCCCGGAAAACUGAACCAGUCGUAUCAACAGGCCGCAAUGAACCAGUCCUUCCCCGGCUCUCCCAACCAGUCUAUGAUGCCGCAGUCGCCAUUCCAACAAAACAUGAUGAGCCCCACGCCCUUCAACCAGUCUUCCUUCGUGGGGAAUGUCACACAGCAGCAAAGGGAUCAAAAUUUCCCCAUACAAGUCGAGUACAGCGCGAAACACAACGGCCUCUAUAUCUACAUUGGAAGAAUAUUGGCUCCCAUCUGGAAUUUGAAGUGUGUUUCCAAAUCGCUGACGCCUGAUAACAAGGAAUUUAUGAGCAGCAACGUGACGGGCGAGGAUUGCGCGUUCACCGUACAGAAGCUACAGCGCGCAGCGGCCUUUGCCCAGCGCGUGGUCGCGCCGCCGCACUCCGACGAGCACGCCUCGCUGCAGGCGCUCAAGAUGUUCAUAACGAUGGCGAUUGAAAUGCUUAGCCUUUGGAAAGUACUUUGCGAACACCAGUUCCACGUUAUUGCGUCUAGUCUACCUCCAGAACAGCAAAGUGCUUUGCAGGCUGCAAGCUUUAGAGAACUGCUGGUAGGAGGUCAAGAGGUUGCUUGCCUCCUUUUAGGUUCUUUGGUCGCCGGAUACUUAAGAGACAACGCGUCCGUGGACGGUAUCUCACAGAAGUUGAGGCAACUCUGUCCUACCCUCUAUAGAAAAGAAGAUGCUACUUGCUCUAAAGCCAAUGAACUGUUGAUGUUUGCAAAACAACAAAAGAAUCCGACUGAAAGAGAAGAAAUGCUACAGCACGCUUUGAAACUUUGCAUGGAUGUGGCUCCCAACGUGAAUCUGCCUCUAGUGUGCGCCAAGCUAGUGUCGGCGGGCUUCUACUCGGGCGUGGUGCAGCUGUGCCGCGCGUGCGCCGCGCGCCUCGACCCGCACGACAAGGCGUUACACCACUACUCCAGCGACCAGCCCGCCCAGGACCGCGAGGGGCACCUGGCCUACUACCGCCGUUAUAUCGACAAGGCGCUGCACCACUACUCUAGCGACCAGCCCGCCCAGGACCGCGAGGGGCACCUGGCCUACUACCGCCGUUAUAUCAACAAGGCGCUGCACCACUACUCCAGCGACCAGCCCGCCCAGGACCGCGAGGGGCACCUGGCCUACUACCGCCGUUAUAUCGACAAGGACCUGCACCACUACUCCAGCGACCAGCCCGCGCAGGACCGCGAGGGGCACCUGGCCUACUACCGCCGAAUGGACAUAUACCGGGAAGUAUGCAACGCCCUAGAACGCUUGUACGAGCGCAGUGUAGAAACUGGAAGCGAGCCGGCGCCUCUUCGGUCACAAUCGCAGUCCACUACAGACACAAUGAUGACUCUGUCGCCAGCUGACGCUAACUAUCAGGGCCGAAAACUAGUAUGGGAAUGUUUGGCAUGUGAUGACGAACUCCUUCAUGUUGCCGUUUAUCAAUGGCUUGUUUCCAAAAAUCUCGGUGCAGAGCUUCUAUCGCUGGGGUCGGCACCGCCGGCAUCGCUGCGGCGCUAUUUAGCUGCGGGGGCGCGCGCGGCGUCGCCGCAGGCCGCGCUACAACUGCUGGACCUUCUGUGGAAGGUUCUGGAGAAGUGCGGCGACCACCUCGCCGCCGCACACGUGCUCGAAGGGCUGGCUACUAAACCGGGGUCCGGCGCUCUCCUGUCCCAGCGCAUAUCGUGGCUGUCAGCCGGCGUGGUGUGCGUGCGCGGCGCCGGCGCCGGCGGGCCGGGCGGCGGCGAGCUGCUGCGGCGGCUGGAGGAGGCGGGCGAGGUGGCGCGCGUGCAGGCCGCCGUGCGCGCCGCCGCCGCCGCGCUGCCGCGCCCGCUGCAGCCGCCGCCGCACGCCAUGCACCGCCUGGACGACGAGCUGCUGGAGGUGACGCAGGCCGCCGUGCGCGCCGCCGCCGCCGCGCUGCCGCGCCCGCUGCAGCCGCCGCCGCACGCCAUGCACCGCCUGGACGACGAGCUGCUGGAGGUGACGCAGGCCGCCGUGCGCGCCGCCGCCGCCGCGCUGCCGCGCCCGCUGCAGCCGCCGCCGCACGCCAUGCACCGCCUGGACGACGAGCUGCUGGAGGUGACGCAGGCCGCCGUGCGCGCCGCCGCCGCCGCGCUGCCGCGCCCGCUGCAGCCGCCGCCGCACGCCAUGCACCGCCUGGACGACGAGCUGCUGGAGGUGACGCAGGCCGCCGUGCGCGCCGCCGCCGCCGCGCUGCCGCGCCCGCUGCAGCCGCCGCCGCACGCCAUGCACCGCCUGGACGACGAGCUGCUGGAGGUGACGCAGGCCGCCGUGCGCGCCGCCGCCGCCGCGCUGCCGCGCCCGCUGCAGCCGCCGCCGCACGCCAUGCACCGCCUGGACGACGAGCUGCUGGAGGUGACGCAGGCCGCCGUGCGCGCCGCCGCCGCCGCGCUGCCGCGCCCGCUGCAGCCGCCGCCGCACGCCAUGCACCGCCUGGACGACGAGCUGCUGGAGGUGACGCAGGCCGCCGUGCGCGCCGCCGCCGCCGCGCUGCCGCGCCCGCUGCAGCCGCCGCCGCACGCCAUGCACCGCCUGGACGACGAGCUGCUGGAGGUGACGCAGGCCGCCGUGCGCGCCGCCGCCGCCGCGCUGCCGCGCCCGCUGCAGCCGCCGCCGCACGCCAUGCACCGCCUGGACGACGAGCUGCUGGAGGUGACGCAGGCCGCCGUGCGCGCCGCCGCCGCCGCGCUGCCGCGCCCGCUGCAGCCGCCGCCGCACGCCAUGCACCGCCUGGACGACGAGCUGCUGGAGGUGACGCAGGCCGCCGUGCGCGCCGCCGCCGCCGCGCUGCCGCGCCCGCUGCAGCCGCCGCCGCACGCCAUGCACCGCCUGGACGACGAGCUGCUGGAGGUGACGCAGCUAUACGAAGAGUACGCCGACCGGUACAACCUAUGGGAGUGCAAGUUGGCCAUCGUGCAGUGCUCGGGCCACAACGACGCUCUCCUCGUCGAGAACAUCUGGAGCAACAUCCUCGCGGAGGCCGAGGCGGCCGCGAGAGGCUGUCUCACGGCCGACGAGAAACUGGGCUCGGUGCUUAGCAAGCUGACCACACUCGGCCGGGAGUACGUCCAUACUGGGCAUUGCUUCCCUCUGUAUUUCAUUGUGCGCCAGCUGGAAAUUAUGAGCUGUAAACUUCAAGCAGAUCAGAGCAUGGUAUUCAAAGCCGUGUUGAAUAUUGGUGUUUCAUUAGAACAAGUACUAGACAUUUAUAUCAAACUCGUAAGCGUGAACGAGCGCGUGUGGCUGGGCUGCGGCGACGAGACGCACGUGUGCAGCGUUGCCGCUCUGCUGCUGGAGAGCGCCCGCGGCGAGCUGGCGCCGCUGGAGGCCGCCGCCCGCAGGCGCGCGCUCGCCCGCUGCAAGGACCUGCACGAGGCCGCGCUGUCCUCGCUCCAGGUCUGUACUGGCCGGCUGCGGGCCGAGCCCCGCGUGUGCAGCGUUGCCGCUCUGCUGCUGGAGAGCGCCCGCGGCGAGCUGGCGCCGCUGGAGGCCGCCGCCCGCAGGCGCGCGCUCGCCCGCUGCAAGGACCUGCACGAGGCCGCGCUGUCCUCGCUCCAGGUCUGUACUGGCCGGCUGCGGGCCGAGCCCCGCGUGUGCAGCGUUGCCGCUCUGCUGCUGGAGAGCGCCCGCGGCGAGCUGGCGCCGCUGGAGGCCGCCGCCCGCAGGCGCGCGCUCGCCCGCUGCAAGGACCUGCACGAGGCCGCGCUGUCCUCGCUCCAGGUCUGUACUGGCCGGCUGCGGGCCGAGCCCCGCGUGUGCAGCGUUGCCGCUCUGCUGCUGGAGAGCGCCCGCGGCGAGCUGGCGCCGCUGGAGGCCGCCGCCCGCAGGCGCGCGCUCGCCCGCUGCAAGGACCUGCACGAGGCCGCGCUGUCCUCGCUCCAGGCUCGGCCGAACACGCAGCGCCUCAUGGACCGCCUCACAGUUGCGCAGGCGCACCUGGACCGCCUGGACUGAGUCAGUAGAUUUAAGUUAGCUAAUUGUCCAUUUGCUUCCCAUAUCUUUUUAAUUUUCUUCAAAUCAUUUUCUUGACAUCCGACAAAAUUUUACUUUGUCUAAAUAAUAUUAAUUUCAUCAUGCAUUUUAAUUUAACUUAAAGUCAUUAGUAAAUGAAAGACCGUUCAGUUGAUUUAAUUUUUAUUUUAUAAUAUUUCAUAAAAUUGGUAAAAAUACAAAAACUUUUAAAAUAAUAUUUAGAAUAAUUUACACUUUAUUGAAACCAUGUACACAUACAAUCGGAAUGGCAGUGACUUACAAUCAAUCACACAUUUUGAUUCAAAACGCUUACAUACUUUUCUACAUUCUUUAAAGUAUUGUUUUAUCAUGUGCAUGUAAAAAUAGAAAACGAGAAAUCUAGAUACAUCUUAAAGGCACUAAAUAAUGUGAACGAUUUCUAUUUUUGUAAAUAAAUGAUGAUUGAAGUACAUAA